AUGGUUGACCUCAAAGCAGAGUUAUCACUGAUAGACCAAGUGGAACUUAGGCUAACUCUUCCUGAGACCCAGGAAAAAUUUGAGAAGGCGCUUGGUGUUUUUCUGUGUCCCUUACUGCUGAAGUUUUAUCUCAAUGAGUCUCAGAUCCAUGUCAAGCUGUACAAGUUCUUGAACCACAUAUCCACCAGAUACCAAUCGUAUCCUGGUUUAAGACUUCCUCUAUCUAAGCUUUUGGAUCAAUUGGAGUCACCCACCAUAACUAAGAAAUAUGACGACCCCGAGCUGCACGAAAAGGGACUUAUUUCAGUCGCCUCUAACACUCUUAUUUUCGUUAACAAAGCCAUUGACAGACUCAGUGCUCAAGAAUCUAAAGAUUACCUAGAUAGAUUGAUUCAGUUGAUCUCAACUAUACUCAAUGUGGCCCAAUUGAGAUAUAAACUUUACAAUAUAGUUAUCAAGAUUCUCCUGAAGAUAGAUAAUCUCUCAGACGUCAAAACUAACCUAACUCCUGAACAGUUUCAAGGGUUUAUCGAAAUUAGUCAUAGAUUCUUACUUCUUCCAAGCUUACUUACCACUGAAACAACAAUAAUUCCUGGUAUUCCUGCGGAAUCUGCUUUGCUUUUUUCAAAAUUCAAUUUGGACUCUACCUUUACUCAAAAUAAGAUAAAACUUGUGGACUACUUUAAUUUCAUAAACAUUCCAAAUAACUUAAAAGUACUUCCGUUUUUGUUGGCCUCAUGUGCAUCUAGAGAUGAUGUGCUUGUGGGAAAUGCUGAGACCUAUUUGCAUCGUCUUCAACUUCCCACCAAUCCAGAUCAGUACGUAGUUCAGGUUAUUGCUGAUCUACUUGUUGGGAAAAAUACCCCCCCUUUGUCAGACACUUCGAAACACAAGUUGCUUUCUUUUAUCUGCAAGUUAAGCGACAUAUCUGUUGUCGAUAUUUCACAGUUCACCUCUAUAGCACUACAAGGCUUGCAAUCUGACUAUGACAAACUGAAAGAUCUAUCCACCAGGUUCAUUGACAAAUACAUCAACAACGCCAAUACAAGUGAUGAAAGUAUUCAAUCAUAUAGAGAGAUUUCCGAUCUAUUAAUUGGCAAUAUUUCAACGGGUGCCCUAUCCGAAUUUCAACUAUCAGCGCAGAGUAUUUCGUCCAGCAUAAGGGCUCUAACUACUAUUUUAACUCACUAUCCUCAAAUAUUUUCCGACAUUUCGGUCUUGUUCAAGUUAGUCGACAUAUACAAACUCUAUUCCGAUAAGGAGAUUAAACAAUAUUUACGUGAUUCUAUCAAUACUUUGGUUCGUUCGUUUAAGAUUUCCGAUCAAGAGAAUGUUGCCCAAUUUUGUAUUUCUAAUCUCAAUCAACAAGCUGAUAAAGACCUGUCUUUCAUAUUGGUUAACUUAUUGAAUCGAUCCCUUCCCUUUCACGAUCCCAGAGCUAGAGUGUAUACACUUAUCACUGCUUCUGAGAUAAACCAAGACUUCUCACAGUUUUCAAGUUUCUUGAAUCCAUACUAUUUUAAGUUGGAGAUUUCAGAUGAAGAUGUGAAAUUUCCCAAGUUUGAUGAUUUUAUUUCUUUUGUCGCUGGAGUAUCCAUUCCCGAGCCAGCAUUAUUCCAUGUGAUUAGUUUUGCUUACAAUUGUUUGACAGUACCAUACUUGAAAGUAGAGCUCAAUGAGAACUGGGAAAGUGUUUUAAGUUCAAGACAAGAAGAUCUGGCUUAUAUACUGCAGGAAGUAGCCAAACACCAACCCAAAAAUCUGGCAAGUUUUUCCACCCUGCUCUGCCAAACUGUUAACUUGAAUUUCACGUCGAUAACUCAAAAAAUUCGUUUAUUCAAAAUGUUUUUAGUCGCAGCUCCUGAUUCAGGAACUAUCGCUCUGGAUACUACUUCUUUGCUAGAUCCCAGUUUUCAUAUGUACAAUUAUGAGCUGGUGGACUUGGUGCUACUGGUUACAAAACCUACCUCAACAGGUGAUACUAUCUUAAACCACUAUUUGGAUGUGCUCAAUUCAGUCAGAGAAGGACAUGAGAAGUUAUUCGAUGAAUUAGUGAAGUCAGUUCUGUCAACCCUAGAUUCGCUGAGUAAGAACAGUUCUAACAAUGAAGUCAACUUUCAUCUUCAUUUCCUAUAUUUAACUCUUCAAAGAUUGUCUCUUUUCGGUAUUGUCUCCAACGGGUACCUUAAGAUGAUUUUUGAUCAGCUUAUCGAAGAUUCCGUGUCUUUAAAGCUAACAUUAAAUGCAAGCUCUAAUGGAGAUUAUUUUACUACUUUAUGUUACGUGGUGUCAGACAAAGAAUCAUUUGAGCGUAUAGUGGGACUGAUAGGUAAGAUGGCAAGCAAUAAUUCGAAAAAAAAUGACCAACUUUUUAUCAUUGGUGAUGCUCUCAGCAUUGCUCUUAAUAGACGGACAGCCUUGAAAUCCCUUCCAUUGCAAUCACAGUUGUCCUUUUACGAAACUUACUUUCAGAAAGAUUUGGGUGUGAGCUUCGAACCGAUUACUGAAUCAUCUGAAAUUAUACUCAGGGAUUUUAUUGACACUCUUACUUUACCUUUUGAGGAUGCCCACAAGGAUGCAAGUUUCAUCAUCAGCCAAUCGAAACUGAAAGCUCAUACUAUUUGGCUAUUCUGUUUAUUGGGAGAUAUUCUUUUAACCAACAGUACAAAGAGUUUGUUGGUAACUGUUCAUCUUGUCUUUGUCAGAAUGUUAUUCAACUACUAUAAAGGCUCAAGUAAUGUUGAUUAUGAGUUGAUUCAAGAAUGUUCUUUAAAGGGAUUAUUUUUGUUGUACACAGUGUCGCCUUUUCAGAAAAGUUUACUGGAAGAGCUUCAAAUAGCUUACAACCAAAACGUCAAUAGCAACAGUAGAAGUGUUUUUCAACAGGUUAACCAGUCAAAUUCCACAGUGUCGUCAAAAACUUUCAAAGAGCUUAUCAGGUUGAGUCUUGAGCUGAAUGGUAUAAAGUACGUGAUAAAUUUUUUAAACGUCCUGGUCGGGGAUGCUGUAAUUUGGUCGCCAAUUGAAUCCUACUACCAUGAACAAUCACAGUUACCGGAGAACAGCAUUUCGUUGUCUGAGGAGACGAAUAUCAGACUAGUCUCAAGAUUAUAUCCUUUACAAUUUUUUCCUGAUUCAAACGUCAACACCAUCAUCAAGAAGAUAUGGUCAUCCCUUUAUUCUACAAGCGACAUUUUAGAGCAUUCUCAGAAUAUACUAGAAACUGUCAUUGCAGGAUUUAAGAACAAGGAUUGGAAGAUUAGAAGCUGUAGUGUCCUUUCCUUGACUGAACUCUUGAAUAUUCUAAAAUUUCGUACCUACGAGCAACAGUUGGAUCAGAUCAUUGGUGUAAGUUUUAGGUCGUUGGACGAUGUGAAGGACAGUAUCCGAACAGAGAGUGAAAAGUUAAACAGAAAGCUGAUAGCUGUCGUUAUCAACAACGUAAGCUCGACCAACUCUGAGGACAUAUUAAAUCUAAUCAUUCCAUUUUUACUGAGCAACAAGGGUUUGCUCAGUGACUCGAAAGAUAUUCAAGGGUUUUCCCUUACCACCUUGUUAAAGCUAUGUUCUAAUGAUCGGAUAACCAAGCAUAUUUUGAAGUUUAUUCCAGAACUAGUGACUACGUUAAUCCAGCUAAUAUCCAGUCUAGAACCAGAGAUGGUGAACUAUCUCUACUUAAAUGCUUCAAAUUAUAAUGUCACUACUGAACAGCUCGAUACGCAACGAUUGUCUAUGUUGAACAACUCGCCCGUCCAAGAUACCAUUGAGAAGCUGAUCGAUCUGAUAGAUUCUUAUGAUGAGCAUCUUGUAGGCCAAUUUUUUCAAGAUUUCAAUAAAUCUAUUCGAAGAGCUGUCGGACUUCCUUCUAAAGUUUUGGGAUCAAAAGUUCUUGUUUACAUCCUGUUGAAAAAGCCCGCGGCAGUUUCAGCUAAGAAUGGAGAUUUGCUUCUUAAAACUGUGAUCAACCAAAUAUCAGAUCGCAAUCAGGCUGUAGCCACAGCAUAUGCAAUAGCCAUAGGUCACGUAGUACGAUUUGCUUCCUUUAAAGUGGUCAAAAAUUUUGCGAGCAGCACAUUACUGUCCUGGUAUUUUGAGUCUAAUAUCAACGAGGAUUUCAGUGUUUUUAGGAGAAGACUUUUGUCAAGUUUAGUUAUCGAUUCUGUUUUUAAGAAUAGCAUCAAUAUUGCAAAUAGCUUGAGGUCCCUUCUGUUACCCCUUACAUUCAUUGGUAAGCACGAUAUUAAUUCAGAAGUUGCUGAAAGUUUUGAACAUGUCUGGUUGGAUAAUGCUAAUGGUGUGACAAGCAUCAAACACUAUCUCAAAGAAAUAUGUGAGAUGUGUCUACAACGUAUGAGUUCUCAAUCUCAUAGUGUUCGACGAAUUUGUGCCAUCAGUGUUGCAGAUGCUUGUACCAAGAUAGAUGACACUCCAGCUGAUUUUGAUUCUGCCCUUUUGGCCCAGAUCUUUGAAGUUUUGAUAACUGCAUCACGAGGAAGGACAUGGGACGGUAAGGAAGUUGUAAUCGAAUCGUUGGUCUCUACUGCUAUAAAGUUCAAACAAAUGCUACAAGGUCCAGGAUUUAAGAGCACAAUCCUCAAUGUGAACAUGGUUCUACUGAAAGAGCUGCAAAGAUCAAAGAAGACAAAAAAGUAUGCCAUCUUUUUACUGAAGUCUGUGUCUCGAUACAUUUCGUUAUAUUCCUCCAUUGAGGAAGUUGAAGGCCAAUCGUUAACUCAGCAAUUUUUGAAUACCUUUGAGCAAGUCUACAAGAAUUUUUAUUUGAGCAUCGACGACGAUAAGGACUUAGACGAGGAUGGUGAUAUCGAUAUGGAACCAGAAGGCGUGAAGUCCCAAUUGUUCAAAAGAGAGGAAUCCAAAGUUGAACUUUUGCAAUCGCUUGCAGAUUCGUUCACAAUUGUCAACUCACAAACGUACAAUCACAAGCAGUUGGACUUGCUUUUGAAUUAUACGCUGGAAGUAUUAGAAAGCAAUAAUAGUACGGGAAGCACUUGGAGAUCCCAAAACUGUGCAAGUAUGGUCCUAAAAAAGGUCUUGCAAGUAUUCAACCAAUCCCUUCAAAAAGACAAUGGGCUACUAUUCUCUGCCGAACUACUGAGCAGUCUUUCAAACGUUUGGGAUAGACUUUGGGUCGUCGUCAGUGAUGGAUCAACCGUUGGAAACGUACAAGUAAUGCUUGUUAGAACAAGUCAUGAGUUCUUGAAGUUUCUUAGACGUGUCAAAGAGUUUGACGGGUCAAUUAUCGGUUUAGUUGCCAAGUAUCAAGUACUUGUCACCGAAAGAUUGCUAGGGUUAUCCAAAUCAAAGAACACUAGCGCCAUUUUACAAAAUGAGAUACAAACAGCAUUGGAAUGA